UCCACGCCCCCUUUCCCUCUAAGGAUGGCCCAGAAGGAGAACGCCUACCCCUGGCCCUACGUCCGGCAGACGGCUCAAUCUGGCCUAAACAUCCUGUCCCAGAGAGUCUUCCAGAAGGAGGCUGCCAACUCAUCUGCGCUUGUCCUCAUGAGCCGCUCCAAUGCCCAGCUCACAGCUGUUCCUGGCCAGAAAAAGACAGUAGAGAAUAGCAGUGGGACACCCAGCUUCUUAAUGAAGCCCUUCACAAUUGAUGACUUUGAGAUUGGACGUCCUCUGGGCAAAGGCAAGUUUGGAAAUGUGUAUUUGGCUCGGGAGAAGAAAAACCAUUUCAUCGUGGCGCUCAAGGUCCUCUUCAAGUCUCAGAUAGAGAAGGAGGGUGUGGAGCACCAGCUGCGCAGGGAGAUUGAGAUCCAGGCCCACCUACAGCACCCCAACAUCCUGCGUCUCUACAACUAUUUCUAUGACCGACGGAGGGUCUACUUGAUUCUGGAGUAUGCCCCCCGGGGGGAGCUCUACAAGGAACUGCAGAAGAGCCGCACUUUUGAUGAGCAGCGAACAGCCACGAUCAUGGAGGAGUUGGCAGAUGCUUUGAUGUACUGCCACGGGAAGAAAGUGAUCCACAGAGACAUAAAGCCGGAGAACCUGCUCUUGGGGCUCCGGGGAGAGCUGAAGAUAGCCGACUUUGGCUGGUCUGUGCAUGCCCCGUCUCUGAGGAGGAAGACGAUGUGUGGCACCCUGGACUACCUGCCCCCAGAGAUGAUUGAGGGGCGCACCCACAAUGAGAAGGUGGAUCUUUGGUGCAUUGGAGUACUUUGCUAUGAGCUGCUGGUGGGAAAUCCACCCUUUGAGAGUUCUUCACACAACGAGACAUAUCGGCGCAUUGUCAAGGUGGACCUGAAGUUCCCCUCUUCCGUGCCCACAGGAGCCCAGGACCUCAUCUCCAAGCUGCUCAAGCAUAACCCCUCAGAACGGCUGCCCCUGGCCCAGGUCUCAGCCCACCCUUGGGUCCGAGCCCACUCUCGGAGGGUGUUACCUCCCUCUGCCCUUCAGUCUGCCCAUUGAGCUGUCCGUUAUUUACUUGAUGUGUCUGUGUUUGUAUGUCUGUUUAUGUGUAGGGAUAAGGGGGUGUCCCUGGCCUGUUCCCUUACCUGUCUUACACCUCCUUUUUAUUUAAUAAAGGCUAAAGCUUUUU